GGACCUCCAACGCCACAGAAAAUCAACUCGGAGAUCAUCAAUCCCGAAGAGUUUCAGGAUACAGGACCGUUAGUGAUGCAAGCGAGACUGAGAGGCCGCCUGAGACAUGCUUUGGAUAACGAGAAAUCCCACAGUCUCAAAGAGGUACAGUUUGAUCCCAAACAAAAUGAGAUUUGCCUGAUUGGAUCUGAUGUCGAACAGCUAGUAGGAAUGUCACAACUCUCGCUGAUGUCGGGAGAAAAAUCGGCGGAAGUUGCAAAGGGAUCAAAAAAGAAAGCUCCUGUAACUAUGGCCAGCGAAAUCAAGAAGGCGGAAGCAGCUGCCAGGGAAGCACAGCGCGUAGCUGAAAACGAGAGGAUGAUUGCUAUAUGUGCUAAGCGACGUCGCGCAAAGGAAGAAGCUCAACGUGCAGCGCAGGCUAAGGCCGCAUUAGAAGCUCAGAAAAAAGCAAGGUCAGACGAGUCAAGAUCAAGUGGGCAAACAUCAGACAGCCCAAAACCUGGAGUGAAAAGGGGAACUACGAAACCUUCUCCACCUCCGCAGAAGCGAUCAGUAAGAGAGCAGUUGACUCAGACAAGCACGAUAGGUCAUAGAAAAGGGAUGGAGCAUGCCCGACGGCCAUCCGCUGUUAGAUCACAUUACAGGCGUAGUGAAACUCCGUCACAAUCUGCGAGGCCGACGAUGAGUUAUACAGCUCAACGUAGACCUCAUCCGUCAAAAUCUUACUACGACGAAACAGAUGGUAUUGGCAUCAAGUAUCAAGCCAAAAAUAUUGACGUGUCUACCUCGUCCACGAGUACGAGUACAGCUUCUGCUCCCCGAAAGCAACCAGAUUUCAAAGAAGAACUGAGUUUUCUUGAUGCUUUGUAG